AUGGCCGAUAUCAUUUUAUACAUUCAAAAUGGUGAAAAAACAUUCGAUUCAUUGCUUUCCAUUUCUAAAAUUAGAAAUUUAAACUUCAACUGCAAUGUCAGGCAGGCAGCGUGCACUGGGAACGACGCCAACAACAACAGCCUGAAAGUGGAAAAUUAUAAACAGACUGCCUGCCUGACUUCUUUAAACUGCAAAAACUUUUUCAGAACUCGUGCUGCACAGAAACAUCAGUGCUAUAUUCAACACGCAUCAAAUAAUAAGAAACAACCAUUAAUAUCAAAAUCUAACGAAAUAAGCAUAAUAAAAUACAUAUGUGUAUACGAUCAUAUACGAAAUUAUGUUAAUGAACAUCCUGGUAACAUCGAAGCCAGCAAAGAAACAACGGAAAAAUAA